AUGAAGUCUCUCCAUGUUCUUUUUAAACCAAAACAUUCUCCCGCUAAGAUCUCUUCACCGGCGACCGAUCGCCGGAUUCCGGCCGAGACCCACUUCAUAUCUCUCAUCCAUGCCUCGGGAGACAUUGCCACUCUCCGCCGUGUUCACGCCCAUGUCCUCCGUCGCGGUCUUCUCAGCAGCCGCAUCGUUUCCCAGCUGAUCUCUUGCUCUUCUCUCCUCAGGUCUCCAGAGUAUUCGAUCUCGAUUUUCAGACACUUCGAUGAUAAAAAUCUCUUUGUUUUCAAUGCUUUGAUUCGUGGGUUGUCGGAGAAUUCCCGUUAUGAGUGUUCUGUUCGUCAUUUCAUUCUGAUGCUGAGGCUCGGUGUAAGACCCGAUCGACUAACUUUCCCGUUUGUGCUGAGGUCUAAUGCGAAUUUAGGGUUUUUACGGUUGGGUUUGGCUCUUCACGGCGCGAUGAUGAAGAAUGGUGUUGAUUUUGAUUCCUUCGUCAGGGUAUCUCUGGUUGAUAUGUAUGUGAAGAUCGAAAAAUUGGGUCUUGCGUUGAAAGUGUUCGACCAAAGUCCAAACAGAAUCAAGAACGGAAAUGUUCUAAUAUGGAAUGUUCUGAUAAAUGGGUAUUGUCAAGCUGGUGACUUGCAGAAGGCUGUGAUACUUUUCGAGUCAAUGCCCGAGAGAAAUUUAGUGUCUUGGCGCACUCUGAUCAAAGGUUAUAUGGGCAGCGGUGAAUCUGUUAGAGCGAGAGAGCUUUUCGAACAAAUGCCAGAAAAGGAUGUGGUUUCUUGGACAACACUAAUUAACGGGUUUUCCCAAAAUGGUGACCAUGAUAUUGCAAUUUCUAUGUUUUUUAGGAUGCUGGAUGAAGACAUAAACCCCAACGAGUACACAAUUGCUGCUGUACUCUCUGCAUGUUCAAAAGCUGGUGCUCUUGGAUCAGGAGGAAGAAUUCAUGGUUACCUUUCGAACAAUGGGUUUAAAUUAGACGGAGCUAUAGGGACGGCUCUGGUGGAUAUGUAUGCAAAAUGUGGGGAAGUUGACACUGCAGGUAGAGUGUUUGGCGAUAUGAAACAUAAGGAUAUUCGUUCUUGGACAGCCAUGAUACAAGGUUGGGCAAUCCAUGGGCGCUUUGAGGAGUCCAUUCAGUGUUUCAGAAAAAUGAUGUAUUCCGGAGAGAAGCCAGAUGAAGUCUUGUUUCUUGCAGUUCUAACCGCUUGCUUGAACUCGGGAGAAGUGGACUUAGGACUUAAUUUCUUUCACAGCAUGCGGCUUGACUAUUCGAUUGAGCCCAUGAUGAAACAUUAUCUGGUAGUCAUCGAUAUGUUAGGUAGAGCUGGGGAGUUGAACAAAGCGCUUAAGUUCAUAAAAAAUAUGCCAAUAGAUCCUGAUUUUAAGAUAUGGGCUACACUCUAUCGUGCCUGCAGAGCUCACAAAAACGUUAAAAUGGCUGAGAUGGUAUACCAGAAUCUUCUGGAGCUUGAUCCGAAGCAUCCUGGAAGUUGUAUUUUCUUAUGUAACGUUUAUGCAGCUGAAGGGAAGUGGCAAGAGGUAGAGAGAACAAGAACACUGAUGGAAAAGACAGUAAGGGAGACAUACCAGGAAGGGAGUUAUACUGAACUAGAUGGUCUAGUGCACAAGUUUUCAGCCGGUGAUUAUUCUCAUAAGCUAGCAAAAGAGAUACACUUGAAGUUAGAGGAGAUCGUAUUUCUGGCUAGACAGAAAGGUUACAGUCCAGGAACUGGAUGGUCGGUUCACAAUAUCGAAGAGGAAGAGAAGGAAAGUGUCACGGGAAGCCAUAGCGAGAAACUGGCUCUUGCUUUCGGGCUCAUUAGGACUGAUCCUGGAAUGGCAAUAAGAAUAGUGAAGAACUUUAGAAUCUGUGGGGAUUGCCAUUCUCUGAUGAAAUACGCAAGUAAGAUCAGCCAGAGAGAUAUCAUCGUGAGAGAUGCAAGGCAGUUUCACCGUUUCAAAGACGGGAUUUGCUCUUGUAGAGAUUAUUGGUGAAAAAAAGCUGAUUGAUCCAACUUUUUUUAUAUGUUACCUUCGAGAUGAAUUCUUUCGCAGCAUUCAAUCCAGUUGGGGCCAAUUUCCAUGGGAAGGUGAAUGCCUCAACCACCAAUGAACACUCUGCGGUACCAGAGAAAGCUGGGCUGCCACUUGCCUCUGUCGCAUCCAGGCACGAUCCUUCUCCUCCUCGGUGGGCCUUUCGGCGAGAAGAUUUGCCGCCUGACUCAGUUGGCUUUGGAGGUCAAAUAUCUGGCGGGAAGGAGAUCGAAUACCUGAUUUUUGUGCAUCUGAUCUCAACCUCAUGCCUUGGAUUUUUUCGGUCAAUCUAUCCUAUCUCUAUCUCGUGAAGGUCGGAUGCCUAAAUUUCAGAUAUCCAUGAGAUGCGGUGAGGGUUCGGAUACUUGCUCUACGCAUGAUCUUUCUUCACAUUCAGCAGCUGGCGUUAGAGGAGUCAAAUAUCCGGAACAGAGGUGGACACAGAUCGGAUAUCUUGGGUCUUGGAUUUUUCGGUCAAUUAUCCGAUCUCAGUCCAUUACUUGGUGUUUUGUCUUAGUAGCUCAGUUUUCUGAUUGUUUCUUCGUGUUGGUAUUCGUAGAUAGCGGAAGAAGGUGAUCAAUUUGAAAGAAAAUACGACUUUGGCAUUACAAAGUCUAUUUGAUGCGCCUGGGAUUUGGUUACAACAAUUAUCUAUGGACGGAAAUAAAUGUAUGUGAAGGGUGAAUACAGAAAAUACAUAAAUCUUUUUUUUU